AUGAGCAAUCCAGCAGAUCACCCGGGUGAACAGAGAACACCCACUGUCGUUCCUGCUCAAACUUAUGAUCCUUCUGUAGAUGCCGAAGCCAUCAAGGUUGCCAUGGAAAGUUGGCUGAUUAACGAUGUCGCUAUCACCAGAGUCCUUUCCUUGAGGUCCAGGGAACAAAGAUUUCAUGUUGCAGUACAGUUCAGAACUCUUUAUGGAAAGGAUAUGGUCGAACGUUUCCAAAAAAAGUUGCACGGCAAUUUCAAAAAAUCCGUUUUGGCCAUGAUGACACCUCUACCAGAUUUCUAUGCUAAGGAAUUGCGUAAUGCCGUUACAGGAGUCAGUACGGACGAAGAUACCCUCUUAGAAGUCCUAUGCACCAAGUCGAACCAGGAAAUCUUGGCUAUACGACAGGCAUAUCACGCGCUUUUUUACAGUAACCUGGAGAAUGACAUCAAAGGUGACACCAGUGGUGUUUUCAAACGGCUCAUGGUCUCUCUUUGCAGAGCUUGCAGAGACGAAGAUUCGCCCGCCAAUCAGGAAGAAGCUAUUGGGGACGCGCAGACGCUCUUUGAUGCCGGAGAGGAGCGCAUAGGCACAGACGAAUCCACCUUCAUCAGGAUUCUCACCCAUCGCAGCUUUGCACAGGUGCAGUUGAUCUUGAGGGAGUAUGAACGUAUAUCAGGACACGACAUCGAGCAGGCCAUCAAGAAUGAGUUUUCUGGGGAUUCCCAGCGAGGAUUCUUGGCGCUUGUGCAAUCCAUAAAGAAUCAGCCGCUGUUUUUCGCCAAGAUGUUGAAUAAGAGCAUGAGAGGACUGGGAACAGAUAACAGACAGUUGAUAAGGUUGAUGACGACUAGAUGUGAGAUUGAUUUGGGAGAUAUCGCAAGGGAGUAUGAAGCGGAAUAUGGCGAGCCUCUGUUAGAUGCAAUCGCAAGGAAUUGUUCAGGAGAUUAUAGAAGGUGCAUGGAAGCUCUCAUUCGAGGUCCUUAUUAG